CUGCUUUGUCCCUCUCCGCUUGCCGUACAAGCUCCAGUCACUGGCAGUGUGUUCGCGGCGGGCGGGGUUCACAGGGAGACAGUUCGGCGUCCAGACGUUUUGGGGGGCAAUCUGUGAGAACAUUAUAUAGCAAGUGCCCUUGACAUUCUGGACAAAUAACAAGUAGGGCGUUCAUCAUGUCUGACAAAAGUGAGCUGAAGGCUGAAUUGGAACGUAAGAAACAAAGAUUGGCUCAGAUAAGGGAGGAGAAAAAACGAAAGGAAGAAGAAAAGAAAAAGAAGGAAACAGAUCAGAAGAAAGAUGUUGCCCCUCCACAAGAUGAGUCUGAUUUGGAGAAAAAAAGAAGAGAAGCAGAAGCCCUGCUCCAGAGUAUGGGGAUUACCCCCGAUGUCCCACUCGUGGUCCAACCCCUGCGAAUAGUAACAGAAGAUACGUGUCUGUUUCACUAUUUAGUCCCUCCGCCAACGUCUCCCUCCUCUAAGUCCGUGAGCACCCCAAGUGAGGCUGGAAGCCAAGACUCCGGAGAUGGGACAGGUGGCGCCAGUGCUAGAUCUGCUACUAACAAGAAGACGCUACAUUGGGAUACUGACCCGUCAGUUCUACAGCUGCAUUCUGACUCCGACCUGGGGCAUGGACCGGUGAAGCUCAGUAUGGCUAAGAUUACUCAGGUUGAUUUCCCACCACGUGAGACUGUCACAUACACUAAAGAGACUCAGACACCGGUCGUGGCACAUGAAAAUGAAGGUGAUGAAGAUGAAGAAGAAACUGUUGCUCCCAAGCCAGCAGUCGUGACCGAGGAGGAAAAACCCACCACGAAAGAAGAAAAAAGUGAAGUUCCACCUCACGAACUUACAGAGGAGGAGAAACAACAGAUCAUUCACACUGAAGAAUUCAUAAGUUUCUUUGAUCAGAGCACAAGAAUCAUUGAACGUGCAUUGUCGGAACAGAUAAACAUUUUCUUUGACUACAGCGGCCGAGAUUUGGAAGAAAAAGAAGGAGAGAUACAAGCAGGUGCUAAGUUGUCCCUAAACAGACAGUUUUUUGAUGAGCGUUGGUCAAAGCACCGUGUUGUCAGCUGUUUGGACUGGUCUUCCCAGUACCCAGAGUUACUUGUUGCAUCAUACAACAAUAAUGAAGAUGCCCCUCAUGAACCAGAUGGCGUGGCUCUCGUGUGGAACAUGAAAUACAAGAAAACGACCCCUGAAUAUGUAUUUCACUGCCAGUCUGCAGUUAUGUCCGCUGCAUUUGCAAAAUUUCACCCCAAUCUCGUUGUCGGUGGGACGUAUUCUGGACAGAUUGUUUUGUGGGACAAUAGGAGCAACAAAAGAACCCCCGUCCAAAGAACCCCACUUUCUGCUGCAGCUCAUACGCAUCCAGUGUACUGUGUUAAUGUGGUUGGCACACAGAAUGCCCACAAUCUGAUCAGCAUCUCAACGGAUGGCAAGAUCUGUUCCUGGAGCUUGGAUAUGCUUUCACAACCACAGGACAGCAUGGAGUUGGUUCACAAGCAGUCCAAGGCGGUAGCUGUCACCUGUAUGUCCUUCCCAGUGGGAGAUGUCAACAACUUUGUGGUGGGGAGCGAAGAAGGUUCUGUGUACACAGCAUGUCGCCAUGGCAGCAAAGCUGGUAUAAGUGAGAUGUUUGAAGGCCAUCAGGGACCAAUCACUGGGAUACACUGCCACUCUGCCGUGGGAGCCGUCGACUUUUCCCAUCUAUUUGUUACUUCUUCUUUUGAUUGGACAGUGAAACUUUGGACAACAAAGAAUAACAAGCCUUUGUAUUCAUUCGAAGACAACGCAGACUACGUAUAUGAUGUCAUGUGGUCUCCAACCCAUCCAGCCCUAUUUGCUUGUGUAGAUGGAGUGGGGAGACUGGACCUGUGGAAUCUCAAUAAUGAUACAGAGGUGCCUACUGCCAGCAUCAAUGUGGAUGGCAACCCUGCCCUUAAUCGGGUGAGAUGGACCCAUUCUGGCAGAGAGAUUGCCGUGGGAGAUUCGGAGGGACAGAUCUUUAUAUAUGACGUGGGGGAGCAAAUUUCCGUGCCUCGCAAUGAUGAAUGGACGCGGUUUGCCAGAACCCUUGCCGAGAUUAAUGCCAACCGGGCAGAUGCAGAAGAGGAAGCAGCAAACCGCAUACCUGGGUAGACAUUGGCACGCAGGGAGAUCGGCAUUAAAUUAUCAUACCUUCCAAUGCACUAGCAUGUACCUGUUCAAAAGAUAAUUCAAAAGGAGACAUAUACGUGAUAGGAAUCUUUGGACGACAGCAGUUUAUAAACCUUGUUUCAAACCAAUGCAGUGUCCCGUUUUAUUUAUAUGUACUUACACCUGGCCCAUGGCUGUGUAACAGGACAACUUUCCCCUACGCUCGCUGAGGCUGUCAAGACCUGGUUUAUAUCUUUGUUAAAGAAACUGUUAAGUGUUUUUUUGCCACUUAAAAUGGUUUAACUUGCUAACGCAAACCCGACGUUUAUUUUUCAAUUUAAUUUGUUAUUCCUCAGGAUAAAACUAUCGCAUUAGGGCUCAGUCUUUAAAGCAUAUCUAAUGUUCUAGAUCUUACGUUAAAUCACAUCUAACUGCAUGCAAGCAUCUUCUGUAGACAUCUUACAUUUGUAGCUUUUAUGUUAAAGCUGUUAGUAGUUUGUCAUUUUAUUAAAAGGAAACCUUUCUAA